UUGACAAGGACGCACCAAUUCAAACUGCUUUCACUAUAGGACAGCGACCAUGCUGAGGUUCUGCAGUAAAACUCGGUGUAUUUCCCUGCAGCGCAGCCACGUUACGAGCUCAGCUGUCCGCAGGGUGACAGCCCCGGGGGCCCGGCGUCUCUCCAGCCAGCUCGGGUGUGUGUCUCGCUGUGUGUGGGCUCCUCUGUCAGUCAAACACACACAUCAUCCCUCCAUCUCUCAACCUCUGGCUCAAGAGCUCAGGAGCAGACUUGAUGGUGAUGGAUGGAGGCGACAGAUCCACUUAACAUGCCCAGCACUGGAAGAACAGUCCCAUCUGGAGAAAAGUGAGCUGACAGAAGCAGCGUAUGACAAGCUGGCUGAUGAGACACUGGAUGCCCUGUCUGAAUACUUUGAAGACCUGGCAGAUGAGCCGUUCACAGGGAGAGACUACGAUGUUGUCUUCAGUAGUGGUGUGUUGACGGUGAAGGUUGGUGGUGACCAUGGGACCUAUGUCAUUAACAAACAGACACCAAACAGACAGAUCUGGCUGUCUUCUCCCACCAGUGGGCCGAAGCGCUACGACUGGACAGGUGAACACUGGGUUUAUGCACAUGACGGCAUAAGCCUCCACCAACUACUGUCCGGAGAGUUUUCCAUUAUCUUCAACUUAAAGAUGGACCUGACUGGCCUGCCCCACUCCUGAUACCCCAGACUUGGCAAUGACUUCUUGCUCCAGAAUCACAAUACUACUCGUUAAGCAGUUAAUCACAGAACCCCUGAUAAGGAAACAAAUAUUAGCACAUAGAAACCAAAGAAUACCACUUUUUUUU